AUGUGGUUGAUCGCUAUGACUUUCUCUCUUUCCCUCCUCCUCUUUCAUAAGCCUCCUUAUUUCCACACAUUUCGAGGUCGUCAGCGCGACGUGGCCAGACCUGACGUGCAGAUUCGACGUGCCGCUGCCGUGGUUUAUAUGGCACAAAGAUUUUCCCGGCACGCUGGAAGAACAAUGUAUCCUUUACUCAUCUUUGUUGCUGCAAGUGCAUGCGCCCCAUGCAUAGCUGUAAGAAAGUAUGAACGGCCUGGAGUAUGUGGUCAACCCAAAGAUGUCGGCGAACGGGGUAGAAUUUGUGUCGGAGCAGGAGAACGCUGGUAUUUUAGCCAGAACUCAAGCGUAUGUAAACCAUUCAAAUAUAGCGGCUGCGGUGGCAAUGCUAACAGGUUCAUAACUGAAGACGAGUGCAAGAACAGGUGCGGUAAACACGGCAAGGGAAAGGACAAAAAUUUAUCCCGAUUGUGCUACUCGCGUCCUGAACAAGGUCGGUGUAAGGCAGCUUUUACUCGGGUGUAUUGGCGGAACGGACGCUGUGUAGAAUACACGGGAUGCUACAGAGGCGGUUUUGAUACAAUUAGGAAGUGCAAGAAAGCAUGCGGGUCAGCGACAAGGCCUAACAGACCAGGCUCUGGAAUCCGCCCUAGGCAAGGUAUCUAAAGAGGGAGAAUGUCUCAUGCGUUGGCAGUUGACAGUAAUAAAGUGACGCAAUUCUUGUUCCAACAGCAAAACAUUUGAAUAGGUUUUGCG